GAAGGGCGGUAACGUCUCGCGCUUGGUCAGCAGCGUUAAUAAGACGCCGGUUUGGAAGUUUAAACAGUGAGAGAGAGAUGCUGUCGGUGUGAAGAAGGCAAUACAGCGGCAGGAAAACGCGAUAAAAAUAUUUAAUAAAGCAGUAGUAUUAGUAAAGAAAGUAGUUAGGGUUGUUGUUGAGUUCCCAGCGGUCAGUUUGAGACAUUUAAACCGGACUAUGGUUCAGCAGACGGAACAUGGCGGACCGGGGAAUAUCAGCGGGACACGCGAGGCAGCCAACCCGGCGGACAGCGACCUGCAGGCGGCCUCAACGCGCAGCCUCGUCCCGCUGAAACCGGACUGGUGCAAAACCGCUUCGGGUCACAUUAAAAGGCCCAUGAACGCGUUCAUGGUGUGGUCCAAAGUGGAGAGGAGAAAGAUCAUGGAGCAGUCGCCAGACAUGCACAACGCAGAGAUCUCCAAACGGCUCGGGAAGCGCUGGAAGAUGUUGAAAGACACGGAGAAGAUCCCGUUCAUCCGGGAGGCCGAGCGGCUCCGGUUGAAGCACAUGGCCGACUACCCGGACUACAAGUACCGGCCCAAGAAGAAGCCCAAGACGGAGGGGUGUGCGUUUCCUCCGGGAGGGAAGACGCCGGAGAAACCCGCCGUGAGACCGGUUAAUAAAACCCAAAAUGCCAAGAAGAGAUUCUCCAAGUUAAAGCCGUUAAAACCGGUGGUGGUCCCGGUUCCGGUCCCGGUCCCGGUGCAGCAGCGGCAGCACGCGGACCCCCGGUACCGGUACGUGUUGACCAGCAGCUUCAAACCCAGCAAGCCCGUUAAACUGGAGUUCACCGACGACGAGGAAGACGAUGAUGACGAUGAUGAUGAAGACUCAGAGCAGUACUCGGAGGAGGAGUUUAAAGUGGAGGAGGAGCCGUGCCGUAUCAGUCUCGCUGCCAUGGCGCCCGGCGCCACCGAGCCAGAAGCCGGACGCCUCUUCUACAGCUUCAAGAACAUCACGCGCCAGCAGCCGUGCCGGCCGGGCGCCAGCCCCCCGUCCUACCCGUCCUCCCUCUCUCCGGCGUCCCGCUCUGAUUCGUCCUCGUCCUGCUGCGGCGAGGAUCUGGACGACCUGGUGGCCGCGGACAGCGACUUCACCCUCAGCCUCCUGGCCGGCUUCCACGCCACGGCUCUGUCUGCGGCCGCUGAGCCGUGGAGCGCCAACUCCGGGAACCUCAGCCUGUCGCUGGUGGACAAGGACCUGGACUCGAACGCUGGCGGGGGCACGGGCGAGGGAAGCCGCGGCUCCCACUUCGACUUCCCGGAUUACUGCACGCCAGAGCUGAGCGAGAUGAUCGCCGGGAACUGGCUGGAGGCCAACUUCUCAGACCUGGUGUUCACGUAUUAAGUUAUCCAAACCAACGCCUCGGGGGGGUGGGAGGGGGGGUAGAGCGGGCCCGGUGUGUGGACUUGCGUGCCAGAAACUGAGCAUCCGAGCAAAAGUGAUUGGCGUCCGUGGGAUACGUCAACAAUUGACUUAGAAAACUGUGUUACUGGGUGUACUGGCCCUUUAAGAAGGUGUUACACACUAAACAGUUGGGUGUUAGAUAUGAUUCUUAUUUAUUAUGAAGACAUUUUGAGACACACA